AUGGGCUGUUGCCACAGCACGGACCAGUUCCUGACCGAGGAAGAAAGGCGCGCUAGAGACGCCAAGUCCGCCGCCUCUGGCGCAUCGUCGGCCACUCCGACGCCAAACCGCGCUGCGGCAGCAACCACCGGCGGAGCGUCUUCCUCAACCGCGGCCGCUGCAGCAGCCGCUGCGGCAGCAGCGACAGCCGUAGCUCCAAACGGAGGCGCGCGCGGGAAGGCCGAAGAGGCGGAGCAGGGACAGGAGCAAGGGCGAGAGCGAGAGAAUGAACAGCUCGUCACGGGGGAGACGCCAGUGGUGGUAGCACCUAAGAGUAGCGAUGUGGGAUUGGCUGCAGUUGUAAGCCUUGCUGCGGAGAGUGAUGCUGCAGAGGGUCGGAAGAAGGCCGUGGGUGAGGGUUCUAAGAGCCCCGACCAAGGCUCGAAGGAUGUCGAGGAGGGAGUUAAGGACGAAGGGGGCUCUAAAGAUGGCGAUGGUGGGACGGCGAGCAGCACACCUAGAGAUGACUCCUCCGAGCAAUCGAAGAGGUCUCUCGGCAAGACCAAGAGCUCGAAGAAGGGCAGCGGGAAGGAGAAGAAAGCGGGGAAGGAGGACGCGAAGAGCAAGGAAAAGGACAAGGACUCAAGCAAGGGCAAGCAGGAGAAGGCGUCUAAGGGGUCCGGCAAAGAGAAAGAGAGCAAAGCGAAGAAGGAGAAGGAGGGCAAGGGGGGCAGUAGCAGCAAAGGAGACGAGGCGGAGAACGACGGGAGCAACAGCAGCAGCGUUCCCGUUGCGACAACUGGAAGCAGUUCAAUGGGCGGGGCGGAGGAAGGAGCGCUUGGCGGAAAGGACGCCGCUGCAGACCAGGCUCCGGGCGAUUCCGCUUCCGCUUCCGCCUCCGCCUCCGCAUCCGCAGUUCCCGCCGUCGCCGUCGCUGCCGCCACCGUUGGCGCUGCCGCCGCCGUUGCCGAACCCCCCACGGCCGCGGAGGAGAAAGUCACUGGAGCUGGGGGGAGAGCGUCCGGUGCCACGUCAUCACCGAUCUCCCACGCCGGGCUCCACGUGGACACCGCCAUCGCGUCCGUCGUGGAGGAUUUUUUCAGUGACGACCCGCUCAGCGCCACCGGCGGCGGCCCCAGCGGCCUUUUCGGCGGAAGCACUGACGUGGUCACUCCGCGGGGGGAAGCGGAGGUGGAUGGUGGGAAAACGAUCGCGGAGAGCGGGGAGAAGGGCGCGGCCCAGCAGAAGGCGGGGCUGGCGGAGAAGAUUCGCGCAGGGGGGCGGGGGAUGCUGCGGUCGGUGUCUGCGGUCGCGGCGUCCCCGCGCGGGGGGAAGGGCGCAGCUGCGGGGACGCGGGGCGCGGACAUUCCGGAGGUGAGUCCGCGGGACCGCGGGUGGGGCUUGGGGUUCGCGCGCGCAAAGUCUUUCUCUACGGGUGAGGGGAAGAAGGGGAAGGGGAAGGAGGGGAAGAGCAAAAGCGCGGAGCCGGGGGGAAAUGCGGAGGGGGAAUCGGAUGUUUCCGAUGCGCAGACUGCAACGGGCGCGCUGAAACGUGUGGAAGAGGGGGAAGAGGCGGAGAGCGCGGAAGGUGGGGGGGAAGGGGGAGAGGUUGUCCGCGCGUAUGGCGGGGGAAAGGAGGAGGGAGGGGCGGAUGAGGAGAGGGUUGUGGUGGGGGAUGCGGGGGGUUCAGUUGGCGGAGAGAAAGCGGAGGAAGUGGGGAAGAAGGGGGAGGAGGUGAUGGAGGGAGCGGCGGCAGUGGAAGGCGGGGAGAAGGAUGAGGCUGGGGCAGAAAAGAAGGUGAAGAAGACCAAAGGGCAGAAGAGCAAGGGUACUGCAAGGGCUGCUUACUAUGGCAGUGAUGAGGAGGAGGAAGAGGAGGAGGAGGAGGAUGGGGAGGAGGAGGUGGAUGAGGGUGAGGAAGAAGGCAAGGAUGAGGAGUUGAAAGAAAUGGUAGGAGUCGAGGAUAGUUCGGAGGAGGAAGAAAAGAAGGCUGCAGAGGAUGAUGAGGAUUCGGAGGAUGAGGAGGAUGAGACAGAGGAGAAGGUGGAGGAGGAGAAGGAACCGGAGGGUAGGAGCAGCGGGAAAAUAUCAAAGGAGGAGGCAGAGGAGGAAGAGGAGGGAAAAGAGCGGAAGGAGGAGGGCAAGGAUGAAACUGAAGAAGAGGAGGAAGAGGAGGAAGAGGACGAGGAGGAGGAGGAGGCUGCGUUUGAGCUGAUGCCGAGCGGGCAGAGAGCAGCAGCAGCCGCCGCCGCAGCAGCAGGAGCAGCAGGGGCGGCGCGGAGAGGCGCGAAAGGCGGAGGGCGAAUGAUGAUGGGCGAGUCAGAAGCAGCCUCGGCCGCCGUCCUAGGCACGGAAACUGGGCAGCAUAUGGAAUCGCUCCGCAAGUCAGCUGCCGCAAUAGUGGAAGUGGAAGGCGGGGGAGACGAGGUGGAAGCGGCGCUGCUUGCGGUUACCCCCUCCACGCGGGAAGAGCUCGCCGCCAUGAGCCGCAUCGCGCCCGCGCUCGCCGCGGAAGCCGCCAAGCUGAUGCGCAUGGGGGAAGCGAUCUCCGCGACGAUGCAGGCGCGCGGGCGCGCGCGCGAGCCGCUGCAAGACGCGGACGUGCUGGCGAGCCGCGAGCUCGCGGUGGCGGCGGCGGCGUUCGUGGAGCACGCGAGCAGGGCGGGAACGGGGGACGGCGCGGGGCUCGCGGGAUGCGCGGUCGUCGACACGGUAGUCAUGGGCGUGGUGGCGGGGCUGGCGGAGCAGGCGGCGGCGUACGCGCUGGCGGUGCUGAUGGCGCACGCGGGCGCGCGCAAGGUGCAGGAGGGCGCGGACGUGGUAAUCAUGGCGGAGAGCACCGUCGAUCUCGCCACCGCCGUCGUGCGGAUCUUCGAAGCAAUGGCGCCUGGGUCUCGCGACGGGUCCGCGGGAGGGGGAGGCGGAGGGGGCGCGGGAGCGGGGGGUGGCGGCGGGGCGGGCGCGGGGAGGGGGUUCGGGCCUGUGCCCUCCGCGAAGCUGGCGGAACUAGCCAUGGGGCAUUCGCGCGCGCUGCACGCCAACAUGCUGAAGCAAGCGUAUCUGAAAGCGGCGGCGCUGGGGAAGCAGCUAGACACAGACGUGUUGGAGUUCGGCCCCCGCACCAUCCACUUCUUCUCCUCCCACUUCCGCCUCGCGAAAGACGCGACCGACAUGGCGGCGGCCGCCACGGCCUCGCUCGCCGCGCAGGCAAAUGCCGCCGCUGGCGGCGACGGUGCAGGUGGUGGUGCAGGAGGCGGAGCUGCUGCCGCCGCCGCGCCGUCUGGCGGGGUUACGGCGGCUGACGUGGCGGAGAUCGAGGAGAUUAAGCGGCGAUCGCAGGCGCAUGCAGAUCGCGUGUGUGAGACGGCGGGGGAAGUGGACAACGGUAUCUUGCUGGAAGGAGCGGAGCUCGCGACCAUAGUCGCGGCGCUCUCGCGCCGCCAGCAGGAGGAGCAGGUGGGCGGGAAGAAGGGCCCCGUCGCGAGCGCGGUGGGGGAGGGCGCGGCGCGGCUCAUCCGCAACGCGGCGGUGAUGCUCGCGUCGCUGGCGGACCGCCUGCAGCGCGGCGGCGGCGGCGUGAACCGCGGGAUCGUGGCGGAAGCGGCGUGCGUGCGCGCGCUGGCGUGCGCGUACACCAAGCUGCUGAUCCUCGUCGUGCGGAGCAGCGCGGCGGUGGGGCAGCGAGGCGGAGGAGGGGGAGCGGAAAACGGCGCGGAAGGCGGGGGGGCUCCGCCGCCCCUGAGCUGGCGGAGCUUCCCCGGGCUGAUCAUGGACCCGUCCGCCGUUUCCGCGUAUGCCAAGCUGAGCGGAAUCGCCGCCGCGUUUUCCGCCAAGGUCGCAGCUGCAGGCGCGGCGGGUGGGCUGGACGGUCUAGGCGGUGGCAGCAGCAGCGGUGGCGGAAUGGGAGGCGCGGCGGGAGGCGGAAAGGCAGGAGCUGGUAAGGUAACGGAAGGUCUGGUGUGCGACGCGGCUGUGCUGGUCAUGACGGCGUGUAGCAACGCCAAGCUGUCUCUCUCCGCGGAUGGCGGCGCUGCUGGCGGAGGCGGGAUGGGCAUGGGGGGAGGAGGCGGAGGCGGAGCGGGGGCGGCGGGGGCGUUCCCCAUGGAAGUACUGGACGAAGGGGCGGAGCUCGCGAGUAAAGCCAAGGCGUACGUUGCUAGUCUGCAGCAGCGGCUCAGAGCAGCAGCAGGGGGAGGCGGCGCAGGAGGCGGAGGAGCAGGGGGGGCCGGGGAGAACAGGGAGGGGGUGUGGGACGCGAAGCUGGUUACGGAAUGCCUGCGCGUGUCUGUCUUAGCGGGCGCGCACGCGCGGCAAGUGGUGGAACGCGCGCGCCAGAUCAUGUCCGCCGGCGCGGGUCCCGCGGCCGUCGCCGCGUCCGCCGCGUCCCUCCGCGCGGCGCAGCUGGCGGAGCGCACGGCGCAGCACGGGCGCAUGGUGCUGCACAAGUGGACGGAGGACUGCGCAGUAGACGCCAAGGCAGAAGAAAGCGCGCGCGCGCUCGCCGCGCUAGCAGACGCGCAUCUCUCUGCUCUCCAAUCCUCCGCGGGGGAACAGCCCGAAGUCCCGUUCUUCCUAGCCGUCCGAUCCGUAGCUGUAGCGGAAGAGGUAUCCGUGCUCGUACAAUCCCUCGCGCAGCAGCGCGUGAACGGCACCAGCAUAGGCCUCUCUCUCGUGAACGGCGUCGUCCGCGUGGUAGGCUCUAUCGCGCAACACGUGAUCGAUUUACAGUCCGCCAACGCCACCGUGCGCUCGCUCGUCGGCUGGGACGCGGCGGUCGUGGCGGAAGAAGCGGGGAAGCUGGCCUGGCAGCUCGCGACGCAGGCGGCGGCGGGAGAUCCGGUGUCGGAGACGCUUUUGGUGGACGCUGCGGGGUUGCUGUACCGCGCCGUGACGUACGCGCGAUCCGUGCAGUCGAUGGCGCAGCAGGGGAACUAUUCCGACCCGUGCUUGGUGCUCGAGGCGGUGGAGUGCGCGGAUCAGGCGCAGCGCAGCGCGGAAUCCGUCGCGCGCGCGCACGACCGCAACGUGGCGGUUAAUACUGACCUCACCGCGUCCGCGUCGCGGCUGUCCUCCGCGCUCGCGACGCACGCGUCGCGUCUCCGCCACGACGCGGCCUCCGUGGGCCCCUUCGCGGUGGUCGCGGCGGGCGCCGUCGCGGGGGACGUCGCGGCGCUGGAGAUGAACCUCCGCGCGCGCCUCGCGGAGCGCGGGAAGGCGGACAAGGCGCUCGCGGUGGCCGCGGCGCGCGUCGCGUCGCGAGUCGGGUCGCACGUGCAGGUGCUGGGAGCAGGAGUCCCGGGUGCGGAUCCGGCGCUGGCGGCGGCAGCAGUGGCACUAGCGAGCCAGGUAGCUAAACACUUGCAAGUGCUGGCGAGCAAAGCAGCAGCAGAGGGGUUAGUAGAUGAGGAAGUGGAAAACGCAGCGUCGCAUCUGAAUACCAUGGCUGGGGGGCAUAGAGUGGCGUUGCAGGCUGAGAGCUGGUUCGCAGGGCAGGCGGAGGAAGGGAGGGAGGACGAGGAGGGGGUCGGGGAGAAGGACGGGGAGGAUGGAGUAGAGGCUGCGGCAGGUGGGGCAGUUGCUGCUCUGAUCGCAGCUAUUACAAAAGGACACACACCUGAUGAUGGUAAAAACAGCGAUACCACCACCAACAACACCAACAACACCUCCUCCUCCUCCUCCUCCGCCUCCACCGCUGCUGCUGUGACCAACGGCGUGCUAGCCAUCACUCGAAUGACCUCGUCCGUGCGAGUGUCCAAGCUGGCAGAAGCAGCAGGGCAGCACGCGCAGGAGCUCUGGGACCGAUGCACCAGCAACACGGCCGUGGACAGUGACGUACUCGCAGGCGGGGCCAGCCUCCUCGUGCUCGCUGCCGGCCACGCGCACGCGCUGCAAGUCCAAGCCACGCGCUGCGGCUGGGCCGACCCGGCUUCGGUCGCUGAGGCCCGGGAGCUGGGGGAGAUGCUUGUAGCGCACGUGCGCGCGCUCGCCGCGAGGAAAACCGAGGGGAUCGGCGUGGACGCCGCUGUGCUAGCCGAGGCGGUGAGAGUUACUGCGGGGGCGGUGGGGCACGCAAGAAGGUUGCAGUUUCAGGAGGCUUCAGUCGGGUUUGGGUCGGUGGGGGACGCGGUGGGGCUCGCAAAGCAGAUUGCGGGGCAUCUGCAGAUGCUGGCAGGGAAGGCGGCGGUGGGAGCGACGGCGGACGCGACGUUGGUGGGGAAUGUGGAGAUGUAUGCUGGACUGGUGGAGGGGCAUGUGCGGGGGCUGCUCACUCGGUGCAGGAAGACUUGGGGUGUGGGACCGGCGGCUCUAGCAGCAGCAGGCGGAGCAGCAGUGGGAGGGACGGGAGGUGGAGGAGGAGGGGGAGUGGCUGGUGCAAUGGACGAUUCUGGUCUCGCGCUGAUGUCCGUGCAGGUGGCGGUGCACGCUGCGUUCUACGGCAGUCUCCUGCAGUUCCAAGCAGCCGCCAAGGCGAAGGUGACCCGCGAGGUUCUCGCAGUGGCGCAGGCGUUACUGGAGGCGGUAACCGCGUUACGCCAGGGGCUGGUCCCGCGCGUGGAAGCCGGGAGCGUGUUUGACGACGACUGUGUGACGCGAGCUGAGGAGCUCGAAGCACAGGCCAAGAUGCACGCACCCGGCGCUGCUGCCGGGGCAGGAGGAGCAGGCCGCAGCGCUGCUGGUGGCGGUGGCGGCCGCGGCGCCGGUGGGGGAGUGGGAGGAGCGCUGCUCGCUCUCGGGCGAGAAGCCACCGUAAAGGUCGCAGCGGACGGGGCUCGUCUUGGGGCGAAAGCGGCGUCUCUGGCGUCGCGGCUGGUCACGAGAACGAUCGCGUCUGCGGCGUUCCCUGCGGACGCCGGCGUGGAGGCGCAACGAGUGGCUGAGCUCGCGCUGAGCCAGGCGGACCUGCUGAAAUCUGUAGCGCGCAACAACGCGCACAUCGACGCGUCCACGGCUGUAGCGGCCUUCCGUGUGGCCGUGCAGGCGUUUCGGCUGGGGAAGAGGAUGCGGGAGCACGGCGGGGAGGAGCGGACGGUUGUGUUCAAAGCAGAGAUGGUCGCAGAAGGGCUACAAGUCGCAGAAGAGGUGGUGAAGCUAGCCGGAGAUCUCUCAAUCCUAGCCAUCGAUCAGCCGGAGCUCGCGUCCUCGCAUGUUGUCACGUACGCGAAUGUCACGGCCCGAGUGGCAGGGCACGCUCGCAUAGUCGACGGGCAGAGGUCCUCCGCUGCUACUGCGGCUGCAGCAGCAGCGUCGGCCGCAGCGGUGCAGAACACGCAGUCAGGAGUGCCUGGCAUGGGUAUUCUGUCGCCUGUGGGGCCCCCGAGCGUGUCUGGAAUCCCCCCUGCUUCGCCCAGAGGAGGCAGAAUAUUCGGAGAACGGGGCAACGCCUCAGUGGAGCUAGCAGCGGCUGUAGCAGGGAAGGAGGCGAAGAAAACCGUGGACGCUCCAGCUGUUGCGCGAUCGGCGCAAGUAGCGGCACGAGCAGCAGACCACGUGCUAGCUCUGGUCAGCUGGGCGUCGCCUGCAGGCGAGGUUCCCGCAGAUCUCAUCGCCCGUGCAUCGGUUCUGCUAGAGGUUUCCUCCGCGCACACGCAGUCUCUUGCGGAAAAAGCAGUGGCGGGGACGAGGGUCGACGCUGGGUGCGUGACAACAGGAGCGUUGCUCACAGCCGACGCUGCUGCUCAUGUGGACGCUCUGCGAUCGGCGCCGCGAGUUCUCCCAGCAGAGGUGUUUUCAGACGCGGAUGCGCUCGCAGAAUCCGCCAACAUGCACGUGGAUGUCCUCGCGUCUAAGGCCGCGUCGGGCAUGGGCAGUAUCGACACCUUAACUGUCUCUGCUUCCGCCGCCCUUGUCGCCUCCGCCGCUGUCCACACCUCCCGGCUCCAAACCCUCGCCGUAACAGCUGUGGCUGCCACCGCUGCUACUCCAAUUCCGGCCGCGUUGCUCGAAUCUGCGGAGAAUCUAGUAGAGGAUGUGGAGGUGCAUGUUGAGUCGCUUAUGUCGCUCGCAGCAGCACCGGGUGCAGCAGCCGGUGGUGGUGGGGACGGAGAGGAGGGAGCAGCGGCAGGAUCGCCGACGGCAGACGCGGAAACAGCAGCAGAGGCCUCGAGUCUGGCGUGUGUGGUGAUGGGGCAUGCCAGGCAGCUGUAUCUGCUGCUGCCGCAGCUGGGCCUGCCUGCUGUGUGUGCGGGUGUUGCUCUGGCGAGAGACGCUGCAGCGCAUGCGGAGGUGAUUGCGAGGAAGGUGGCAGAUGGGGAAGCGGUGACGGCUGCUGCAGUGCGAUCAGCGGAAAGGCUUCAGGCCGGGAUGAAGCAGCAUUUGAAGGUGCUGAAGGAAAGGCAAGAGGCUGCUGCUGCUGCUGGCGCUGGCGCUGCCGCUGCGGCUGCGGCCGCAGGGAGAGGAAACAGGGAUGCUUAUCUUGAGAAUGAUGAGGAGGAUGAUAAUGACGAGGAUGCCUAUGAUGGGGAUGGGUUGACUGCUAAGAAGAAGGCGCAGAGGAAGCAGCAGCAGAAGAAGGCUGGUGUGGCAGGGCACUCGCAGGCAGCAGCAGCGGGAGCGGUGAUGAGCGGUGCAGUGCUCGCAGGGCUUGUGCUGUCGCACGCACUGCUGACCGAAGCCAAGGCAGCAGCAGGCGAGAGAAUGGAUACCAACAUGCUCCUGCGGAUCACCACCAGCCUCUCUGAUGCCUCCUCUGCGCAUCUCCAGGCGCUAGCGCUCGCCACGGCAGCAUCAGGCGCAGGCCUUUUCAAGACCAUGACAGGUGGCGGCUCGCAAUUGGCCAAGAAGAUCUCCACGCAUGUGGAUGCUCUGCGAGGGAGGGCCUCGGCCGGCGGACGCAUCGACUCUGGGCUGACAGCUGUCGCGCUGCGAUUGGCUGUGGACGCGGUGGCACAUGCGGCGAGCCUGGAGGCUACAGUGUUCCAGGGUGGGUUGAUGGAGGGGGGAGGUGCGGCGGCGGCCGGUGGGAGUACGAGGAACUUUGUAUCUGCACAGUCUCUCAAAGAGGCAAGGUUGAAAGCGGCAGGGACGGCUGGAGUUGGUGGUGCUGGUGGAAAGGGGAAAGGAGCGGAUAGUGGGUUCAAGGUGGAUGGGUUGCAGGCGCAUGUGAAAAUGGUGGAAUCCCGUGUGUCGGAUGCCAUGCCUGUGGAUCUGAGGCUACUUUCAAGUGGCACGUCUCUGUUUGCGUCGUUGCUUUCUCACGCACGCCAGCUUACGGUGCAUUGCGCCGUGGUUAUGGGGAGUCAUGGAGGGAGUUCUGGUAAUCGUGGAUCUGUUGCAGGGGGUGGUGGGUUCUAA